CGAUACCAGUGACAUGUAUUAGAACUCGAGUGAAAAUCGCGUAGUUAAAAAUUUGCAAUUAUUUAGUAGAAAGUUUAUUAAAAUUAAUUUAUUCACACAUACGAAUUAUGCGUUUUAGUGAGCUUUAAACCAAAUUUAUAGGCAGAUCGCGCACUGCUUCAAACACCAAAACGAAAGACUUAAGCAGCGAACCACAUCCGCAUUUGUGUCAAUGUCGAAUUUUCUCUUAAAGAAACCUGUUUAAAAAAAAGUAUGAAUAACUUGUUGCUUUGUUGCACUUUCCUUUUGCACUUCUGUGCAUUGGUGAAGUUAGAAUAUGCCUUUAACGAGCCCAAAUAUAAGUGUCCAACAAAGCCGCUAGUUAUAUACCCUUGUACCUGUUGGAAAAAUACUGAUGCUGGCAUCUAUGUGACAUGUGAAAACUCGAACUUAGCGACGUUGUCUGUUGCGCUUGAAAACCUUGGAGCUUUGGGUACUCCUGUGGAGCAUUUGGAAAUUCUUAAGGGACAUUUUGUUCGUUUAUAUGGGCCAGUGUUCUCCAAAGUCAAGCCCAGAUUACUUACCAUAGCUGAUACACCAAUCGAAACUAUUGAGGAUUAUCCUUUUUUUGGUGUAAACAAAACUGUGGAGGAGCUGCGUAUAUUACGUACUAAUCUGUCAUCGUUUACUACGCCAUCAUUUGGGAUAUUAGGAAAUGCAAAGCAGCUCAUUAUUGAUGGCCAUUCAUUGAAAAGUGUGAAUAAGAGCAUCUUCGAGAAUCAAAACAUUGGGAAUACGCUGGAAGUCUUAAGGAUUAUCAACGGUCCACUAAGUGAUGUGCCAAUUGAAGCUUUUCAGCCUCUGCGAAAGCUGAAAGUACUUGAUUUACAUGGAAACCAAUUAGAAACUUUGAAAAGAAAUCAAUUCAAAAAUUUGAGAUCCGUGGAAGUUUUAGACAUAAGUUUUAACAAUCUUAAAAAACUCGAGGCGCAACACAUUGCUGACAUGACCAAGCUGGGCUGGUGCAAUGCGUCUCACAAUGCGCUCACAGAAAUUUCAAGAGGAACUUUUGCGCGUAACUCAGUUUUGAAAUUACUCAACUUGUCAUACAACAACAUCACGCGACUGGAUGCCAAUAGCUUCCGCGGAAUGAGGUUUUUAAGACGCUUGUUUUUGAGUGACAACAAAAUAAUCGACGUUGGGAGAGGUACUUUCGGCUCUAUUGGUAAAAUUGGUACUAUUGACUUGGCCAGAAACUUUCUUAAGAAAGUUGAGUUUCAAAUGUUCUCACAACUUAAUUAUGUGGAGGUAAUAGAUUUGGCUGAAAAUAAUAUAACAUUGGUGGAAAAGCAUUCCUUCAAAGAUAUAUACCAAGCAACGAUUAAUAUUUCUCAUAACUCUUUGGAAAAAAUAGAGCCGCUUGCAUUUGAGAAUUGUGUAAACAUCACAGUCUUGGAUUUGUCCUUCAAUAGACUAACGAACUUCUCCCGCAAUGCAUUUGACCUCACUACUUUUGCUACCGAGUUUCAAGUGAGCUACAAUUACCUCACGAAUUUGGCGCAGGUGCCAGUCUACAAUAUGACAGGCAUUAAAGUGCUUAAUGCAUCUCAUAACUACAUAACAGAGGUGCCGAAGAACUGCUUUCCGAAGUUGUACGAGUUGCACACCAUUGACAUAUCGCACAACAACAUCUCAUUGAUCGCCAAUGGUGUCUUCCAGACACUCUUUUCACUACGUCUCUUAAAUCUCAACCAUAACAGUUUAAGAGAAAUUAAGUCUUCAGUUUUUGGCACACUUCCCACAUUGCUCGAAUUGAAUUUGAGUUACAACAAAUUAACAUCGAUUGUGCGUGGAGCGCUGGCCAAACUUACAAGUCUGCGCUUUUUGAAUCUCAGCAAUAAUCAGCUGGAAAAGCUAUUUCAAAUUCCCAUUUCUCUGAAUGAGUUGAAUUUGGAGAGUAAUAGUUUGACAGGAAUACCAGCAGGUACCUGGCCAGUUAUGAAUUCGUUGCUGUUUUUGAACUUAAAUGACAAUCAAAUCGGAGAUUCAUUAACAGCCCAAAGCUUCACAGGGCUACUGGUGCUCCAAAAGCUACAUCUUAAUAAAAAUGGCAUAACCCAGCCGCCUGUCGAAUGCUUGGCCGGCAUGUCGACGCUUCAGUAUUUAUACCUCGAGCAAAACAACAUAACAACUUUGGAGAAAAGUGCUUUCGGGAAAUUGCCAGUUCUGUUUGAACUCAAUUUGUACGAAAAUGGUGUUAGUGAUAUAAGUAAACGCUCUUUUGAAGGACUUUUGCAACUACUCACACUCAACCUCUCUUCCAAUGCAAUCAAGAAUAUACCAAACGAUGCCUUUAUUGGUUUGCCAUCGCUAAGAAAAUUGGAUUUAUCAUUUAACCAGUUGACGAAGUUGGAUAAUAAAACAAAUGGUGUACUUGACGAUUUGCUUAGCUUGGAAGAGCUAAAUUUGAGCCACAACAAAAUCAGUUUUGUGACAAAGAAAACUUUUCCUUCGAAUCAAUAUAUUCCGUACAAUCUGAAGUAUUUGGACUUAAGUUAUAAUCAAAUGCCAGUGUUGACGUAUGACAUUACCUUUGGCACUAAAAAACUGCUCACCUUAAAUUUGUCCAACAAUCACAUAAAUGAAAUUCGAAGAGGUGUUUUGGCAAAUUUUACACAGCUACAGUCAUUGGAUUUAUCAAAUAAUGAACUAAAUAACCUGGCCUCAGAGGAACAUGUGUUUGAUCUGCCUAAGCAUCUGACGAAAAUUAACUUAAGUAACAAUCAAAUAUACAAAAUUCCAUUUUCGAAUUUCCAAAAAGAUGUACAAUUUGAAAACAUUGAUUUGCGCAACAACAGCUUGACCGAGUUUCCACAAUUAUUGGUGCAAAUGCUGCGUAACGGUACCAAUGUGUCUUUUGCUGGCAAUCCCUUAGACUGCAGUUGUGCUGCUCGUCCACUGAAGCAUUUCAUGAUGGAAAAGUCAAACUUGGACUAUGAUUUGAGUAAUAUUGCGUGCAGUACUCCGACUUUUCAUCAAAAUCUGCGAUUGGUAGAAGUGCUAGAUGAAAACCUGCAAUGCAUAUUGGACGAUAGGCAACGCUAUAGUGGCGUAGCUUAUGAAGAGCUUGCUGAUGUACAGUUUCGGGACAUUAAAAUCAAUGCCAAUGGAAAUCUCACCGUACGAUUCUUUGUGACUGCCGCCAGAGAUAUAGCCGACUUUAUAUUAUAUAUACGCAACCACGAGAACGAUGUGUUGUAUCAGGGAAAUGUGGCGUACAAUGAACGCAAGCAUGAAAUACAAGUCAAUACCAUACGGGAUAAGAUACAAAAGGAAAAGGCUGAAAUAUGUCUAAUUUCGAAGGACAGCAAUGAAAUCACGGGCCGCUGGUACAGCACGCAGUGCACAAAUCUGCCCGAUCUGAAAGAAAAACGCAAAAGCAUAUUUCAGUUUAAUUCAAGGAGCUCUGCUCACGGAGUAGCUACGGGAAAUAUUUUUGCAAUUGUAAUCUUUCUGAUUACGAUUAUUUUUUGUGGUUAAUACUCAUUUUCAGUCCACGAAUUUAACUAUUACCACACCAAUAAUUUUAGCACUGCCAAACAAAUUUUAUAUGUCCUGCUUUUGUAUUGCAUAUUCACCCACUUGUGAUA